UGUGCUGGACAUCCAGAAGGAAACAAGUCAUAAAAAUGGAGAACAGAUAUCUUGAACCUGACGCCGAUACCCGUAAGGGACUUCUAUCUAAAGUCAUUGAAUUUACGGAAGAAUAUAUUAAAAUUGUUGAAGAAAACAACGUGAAACCUUACUACAUGGGAACGAAUAAAGGGUCUGGUCUACGAGCCAGUUCUAUACAUGAACACGGAGCUGAUCUAGAUGAUAUAUUGACGACAUACAAAGACCAUGUACUACGAGAAGGAUUGCAAAUGCAGCAUGGACAUAACUUUGUAUACCAGUUAUGUGGAUCAACGUUCAGUUCUGCUCUGGCCAGUUAUUUGGCAUCACGUACAAAUCCAUUUCCAGGACAGUUUGUAUCGUGUCCUGGUGCGGUACGUAUGGAGAAUAUGAUAAUUGAAUGGGCAGCAGGACUGAUGGGGUUCCCGAAAGGGUUCGGGGGUAAUAUCACGUCUGGGGGAUCAAUGGCGACACUUCUUGCUAUCACUGCUGCAAGAGAAAAUGCCAAUGUAUUGGCUAAAGAUUUCCACAGGUUGGUAAUAUACGCCACUCGGUGCACAAAUUCAUGUCUCAAUAAAGCACUUUUGACUAUUGGCUUGAAAGAAGCUGUUAUUCGCAAUAUACCGAUUGAUAGUGACUAUCAAAUAGAUACGGAAAACUUGAGAAAAACUAUUGAAAGGGAUACAGAGGCAGGCUUAAUUCCUUUUUUAAUUGGAGCAAGUAUUGGUAGAACCGUCACUGGUUCCGUUGACCCAAUUGGUGAACUAGCUGACAUAGCGCAUGAAUACAAUGUAUGGUUACAUGUCGAUGCAGCAUAUGGUGGAUUUUUAGUGUUGGCAGAAGAACUCAAGUCCUGUUUUAAAGAUGUUUACAGAGUUGAUUCCAUAAUUAUGGAUCCUCAUAAAGCAUUAUUCGUGCCAUUUGGUCAUGGUAUAGUUAUCUUGAAGAACGGUGGGUUACUGAAAGCAUGCUAUGGCAGCCACAAAUGGUACUUCGAUUCUGCAUACCCACCGGAAGAAGAAGACUCUCCUCUUGAUCUCUCAAUUGAAACGAGCAAACCAUUCAGGGCACUGACUAUAUGGCUACCGUUAAAACUACAUGGUGUUGGAGCAUUCAGAAGUUAUUUGCAAGAAAAGGUCUUGCUUGCACGUUACCUGUUUAAGAAUAUGAAAGAAACCCCAGGAUUCUGUGUUGGUCCGUAUCCGCACUUGACCGUCGUGCUUUUCAAAUAUGACACUGGAGAUAAAACAAAGAAUGACAAGUUUAACCGCAGGCUUCAGAAGAUAAUUAUGCAGGAUUAUGGUUUCAACCUUUCUGCGAAUGUUGUCAACGGUGAAGUCUAUAUUAGAGCAUGUGUUCUUAAUAUGUAUACCAAUAUUAAGACGGUUGACAAGCUUAUAAGUUCCAUUAAAUUAUCAGUUGCUACAACACAGCAAGAGUUUCUGUGA